AUGCCGACUAGACCCACUCAUACACCCGGCGGCGAGCCUAAUGGCCAACAGCCACCGGAAACAUCCAAGCCCGAUGAUGAGGUGCCUGCCUGCCAGUCCUGCCGCAAGAAAAAGGCCCGAUGUGAUCGCGCUCAGCCUUGCUCGCAAUGUGUACGAUUUAAGGUCACUUGUGUAUAUGAUGACCGUCGCUUGAAGCCUGGCCUCCGUGCAGGCGCGGUUGACCAGCUCUACCGUCGCAUCGAAACCCUUGAGAAUAUGUUUCUCGGCCAGGAGAUGCUCUGGCAGCAGAUGUGGCAAGCGCUCCAUCCUAACUCCCCCUUUCCAGGGCCCACCGACCGACCGACCGAUAUUGCCGAUCUGGCUCAGCGACGUGAGCAACUAAAGGCCUCUCUACUUCAAUCUGUGUCUCCAACAGCGCAGAGUAACGGCCCAAGUGUGCCCCAUAUGGAUGCCGUGAACAGAGAAGCAGAUUUACGUGCAGAAAAAAGACGGAAGAUAAAGGAAACGGCUCCAUCUGCCCUACCAAUUGACAUCGAUGGCGAUAUCUCUGCGAUUUUGCCAGCAGAUGUCAUGACCGAGCUCGUAGACUUGUACUACGUGAAUAUUCAUCCUUGGAUACCUAUUCUACAUGUUGCCAGAUUCCGCGAGCGUAUGCAAUUGCCAGAUGAACGCCCGCGUAUUACUUGCAUCCUUCAUGCGAUCAUCGCGGUGUGUGCCCGCUUCUCUCAGAGUACAUUUUUACGGGAGGGGAAGAGGAGAUCACGAAUUGCAGAGAAGAGCCGGCAAAAAGUUAUACUUGAUAGUACCGAGUCUUUCUCCGUCGAGAAUCUGCAAGCCUUGGUCAUUAUUGCAUUUGAAACGAUUGGCCGCGGUCGCGGGCCUUCAUCAUGGUCUAUUGUCGGAAGUAUGGUGGGCACAGUGGAGCAACUGCAGUUAAGCGUCGAGGAAGAUGUACUGAACCGUGCAACAAACCCCGGCGAGACACUCAUUCGACGCAUGGUCUUUUUGAAUCCUUCUAGUUCUUGGAGCGAAGCCGAGGAGCGUCGUCGGGUAUUCUGGACCGUUUUUCUGAUGGAUAGGUUUUGCAGCGUAUCGACGGGCUGGAAAAUCAGCCUCACCAGCGCCGAUGUGAAGCGUCGACUACCUUGUGAAGGUGGUCUUUGGGAGAAAGAGCAGGAGGUCUGUGCGCCGUACUUUGGGAUCUCGGACUCAAAGGAUACAGCAUUUAGCAGUUCAGUUGUCAACAGCAACCGGGGGUUGAUGAACGGAGAGGACCACGACGCUAUCGGCGCCUUUGCUUAUAAUAUUGAAGCAACCGAAUCACUCGCAUUAGUGACUAAUUUCUUUCUUCAUCAUGCUUUCAUUGUUGGGGAUGCCGAGAAAGCCCAAAGAUGGCUGCUGAAAUUUAAAGAGCUCGACUUGCGACUUAUCCAAUGGAAGUUGUAUCUACCUCCGAAGUGGCGAGAAGCCUCCGUGCUCAAUAGCGAUGGAGUCAUGGAUCCGAAUCUCACCCUGGCCCACAUCACUCACAACACUGCCGUGAUCCUAUUGCACCAAGGAAUCGCCUAUCCGCCGGCACACUGGCAGUCUUGCCCAAUCAAACUUCCAUCUGCCUCAUCAGCGGAGACCUGUCUGGAAGCCGCAUCUGAGAUCGCAACCAUUGGCCACCAGUUCUUAUCGUUCUCGCCAAUAUUCACGAAUCCUCAAUUUUCCUUCUGCCUUUUCAUUGCAGGAAGGAUGCUUUUGGCACAUGCAAGAUAUAAUCAAGUUCCUAUUCCUCCCACUCUCGACACCUUAAUCGCAAGCCUACUGGAGAUUUCCAAGAGGUGGACGGGAUAUAGUGAGAGCACUUAUUCCCAAGGCGAUAACCUUGCCUCAAGCUUUGCAAAGCGACUUAUUGAAGCCCCAAGCAAUUUGAUGGCUGCACCCUGUCCGAGCCUUGACAUCCGACAGACCGCAUACUCGGACGAGUCAAAAGACCAGCCACAACAGCAACUCAAUACCGGCAUGGAUUCUUCCGUAGCACCUCUAUUCCUGCCAAAGGCUGCAAACGCCGUGUCUCCAGCUCGAAAUAUGAGCAGGAGAUCAAUGCAGGAAUUGUCCGACUUCGACCCAUACAGUUUAGCUUUCCCACCACUGCCGCCAGCGUUCCAGCCAGAUUUUAUUGGACUCUCGAGAUCUGAUCCCCUUUGCAACUAUGCCCAAGCAACUGAGAGCCAGGCACCCUCGUCACUGGGUACACAGUCCUUGCAUCAUCAGCAAUCUACUAUGUGGCAAGGCCACACGCUUUUUACAGAUGGUAUUGUGAGUCCACAGGAGGACUUGUCCUAUCUACUUAGUCUUGCCUCUAGCCCCGGUCAGAGGGUUAGCCGCUAUGGUGGGCCACAGAUUCAGGAUGAGAGAAGCCUGGGAACAGGUGGAAAUAACAAUGCAGUGGGUACAUAA